CAGCAGCAACAGUUAGUCAGACACCUCGGUAGCUUGCUAGACAAAAUAGACGAACCAAUAAAGCUCUUUAGACGCUUUCGUAGAGCCAUUGUGUUUUAAACCCACUUCUGUCGUCUACUAAGUUAUCCGAUUUAAUUUCAUAUUUACGGUGUUGUUAUUGGUCAUCUAGUUACGUUUUAUUAAGUUAAGUUAGCAUUAGCCUAGCUAGCUAUCAUCUCCGACCAUGAGUUCACUAAGCUACUCUCCUCCCGUUAAAGAAGAGGUGGUCUACUGGACGGAGAAAGAGGCUCUGGUGAAAGAGGAGGCUGUUACAAUAGAAAAACAAGUAGAGGGUGAGGCUGUUUCAGUGAAAGAAGAGGAAGACUCGUUCAGAGUGAAAAAGGAGGAUGAAGAGGGGGAUGUUACAAUAGAAAAACAAGUAGAGGGUGAGGCUGUUACAGUGAAAGAAGAAGAGAAAGACGUUUCAGUGAAACAAGAGGAAGAUGCGUUCAGAGUGAAAGAGGAGGAGGAUGAGAUGACUGUUACAUCGAAAAGGGAGGAGGAGGAAACUGGAUUUCUGGGCCCGGUUUCCCAAAGGCAACUUAAGGAACUUGGAGAGAGACAAGACAAUCGUGGAUCCUCUGGGGAGCCUCAACAACAUCAUGAAGCUGACGAGGCAGAGAAGAGUCUCUCCACAUCGGAACACCUCAAGAAACACCAGCAGAAACCCACAGGGAAGAAAUCUCACCGCUGCUCUGUCUGUGGGAAGAGUUACUCAAGAUCAGAUUCACUGAAGGCACACCAGAGAAUUCACACAGGGAAGAAGUCUCACCACUGCUCUGACUGUGGGAAGACUUACUCAAGAUCAGAUUCACUAAAAGUACACCAGAAAAAACACAUUGGAGAGAAACCUCACUGCUGCUCUAAUUGUGGGAAGAGUUGCACCUCUUUAGCAACCCUAAAAAUACACCAGAGAAUCCAUAGAAGAGAAAAACCUUAUAGUUGCUCUGAUUGUGGGAAGUGUUUUGUUUUGUCAGGACAUUUAAAAUCACACCAGAGAACACACACAGGACAUAAACCUUAUAGUUGUCAUCUAUGUGGGAGGAGUUUUAGGCACUUAAGCAGCCUGAUAGUACACCAGAGAAUACACACAGGAGAGAAACCUUACCAAUGCUCUGACUGUGGAAAGAGUUUUGUUUCGUCAGGACUUUUAAAAUCACACCAGAGAACACAUACAGGAGAGAAACCUCAUAGCUGUGAUCAAUGUGACAAGAGAUACUCUGAUAAAAGAUCUCUGGUUAAACAUCAGACAAUUCAUACAUGAAGGAGUUGUUCAAUGUGACAAGAGUUUUACUGAAUCUAGAGAGCUGACUUUGCACCAGAGAAAACACACGGGAAAUACAUUUUAACACUAGCUCUGACUGUGGGAAGAGUUUUGUUUAAUCAGGACUUUUUAAAACCACACCAGAGAACACACACAGGAAAGAAAUAUCAUAGCUGUGAUCAAUGUGACAAGAGAUACGUUAUAUCAAUGAAACAAAUGUCACAAUGCAAUAGGAGUAGGGUAAUGAUGUCAUAAUGAAGAAACCCUAAAUGUUUGCCCUGUUCUAUUGAUUUCAGCUAUGGAUUGAAAUGAAAGAUGAACUAUUAAAAAUAUUUAGUUUUCUCCGUUGUAGUUGAAAAUAUUUAGUUUUUUUUCAAUGACUCGAAAACAACUUAAUUUAAACAUACUUGCAGCCUAUACACAUGGACGAAGUAUAAUAAAUUGGUCUAUAAUCAAUUUUAUUGAUAAUCCUACAUCACUCCAGUAUUUCUUGACAACAUUCAAGUGCUAAUUGUCUUUAUUCCACUACUGAAGAAGCAUGACUCAAAUCACCUCAUAUUUCAAACAUUCAGCCUGACAACAGAUACAUGUUUUAUUAUUCCAUGCCUCACCAUUAUGUUAAUUUUUAUAGUCAUUGUUUUUAUUAAUUGUUUUUUCCUCUGAAGCCCAUUGUGUUGUCCAUGUCUGAAAUGUGCUGUAUAAAU